GCCCAUCAGCACGGACGGAGAAUUCGGAUUAAUCAUGGUUUUGUUGGACGAGUUUUGCGUGAAGGUGUACUUCUGGCCGUUUCUGUCGUAUCUGGCCAGCAUCAAGGGAUGGUGCCCGCUGUAUCCGCCAGGUUACUAUCCAAUCUACGCACUGCCACCACCGCAGCCCCCGCUGCUGCCGCAACCACCGCUGAUUCCACCGCCGCAACCGCCGAUUGGUCCACCGCCACUAAUACCGCCUCCAAACGCUUUUCCGUCCACACCUGCAGUGAUCCCGACCUUUCAGCCGACACCUCCGUUUCCCCAGACGCCGGUGACACCUCCGCUGAUCCCCACCAGCAGCAGCACCACCACCUCCACAACGCUUUCAACGACAACCACAACGGGUGGUACUACGAUUAGUACAGCUGGAACGACCUUGCCCAUCCCAGUGCCGACUUGUCCAUCCCAGCCACUGGUGUGCCUGGCUGGGGGAGCGCGUCCGCUGCCCAAUUGUCCCUGCAUCGACCCUCGCCAGCAACAGAACUCGCCACUGGUCUCCUCGACCGGACCACAAAUCGGUUCGGAUAUGAUGGUCUUCAUGCCUCUGAAUUCCGGACGUAGGCGGCGUCGUCGCCGAAGACCCCAGUCCUGCUACGAUGCCCGAUCCCGGCCUGGAAGCUGCCUGCCUCUGACCUCCUGCCCCCAGCUCAUGGAGGAGUAUCAGGGUCAGGGGCAGGGCAAUGAUUUCCACACCUUUCUGGGCCAGUCCAUAUGCGGCUUCGAUGGCUCCACGUUUAUGGUUUGCUGCUCCUCUAAUCGAGCUGAUAAUGCCAGGAGUAGAAAGGAUCUUGCGACCACCACUGCCCCCUUCGGAUUCUUUCACUUCUCGCCUCUUAGUGGAGGAUCCACAGCCACUCCAAUGGUCUUCCAGCCCACUCCGCCUCUUAACCAGGGAUCUAUAGUGGUAAGACCAACUUAUAAUCCUCCUCCUCCACCACCACCACCGCCACCUUCAUCACAGUCUAUGCCACAACUACCAACUACUUGUGGUAUUAGUGGCGCCACAUCGAAUCGCGUGGUGGGCGGGAUGGAGGCCAGAAGAGGAGCCUAUCCCUGGAUAGCUGCUUUGGGCUACUUCGAGGAGGCCAAUCGCAAUGCUCUCAAGUUCCUUUGCGGCGGCAGCCUGAUCCACUCCCACUACGUGAUCACUUCGGCACACUGCAUCAAUCCCAUGCUGACCUUGGUGCGUCUGGGUGCCCAUGACCUCUCGAAGCCCACAGAAGCGGGUGCAAUGGACUUUCGCAUCCAGCGAACAGUGGUCCACGAGCACUUCGAUAUCAACUCCAUAUCGAAUGACAUAGCCUUGAUCCAGUUGAGUGGAGUGAAUGGACCUUUGCCAGCCAAUAUAGCUCCCAUUUGUCUGCCCGAGGCGGCCAAGUUCCUGCAGCAGGACUUUGUUGGCAUGAAUCCCUUCGUGGCAGGCUGGGGAGCUGCCAAACACCAGGGACCCACCUCGCAGGUGCUGCGCGAUGCUCAGGUGCCGAUUGUUUCCCGGCACAGUUGUGAGCAGAGCUACAAGUCAGUCUUCCAGUUUGUCCAGUUCAGUGACAAGGUUCUUUGUGCUGGAAGCUCGAGCGUGGAUGCGUGUCAGGGGGAUUCUGGUGGACCACUCAUGCUGCCGCAGCUGGAGUCCAAUGGCUAUCGAUUCUAUCUUCUUGGCCUGGUUUCAUUCGGCUAUGAGUGCGCUAGACCCAAUUUUCCGGGCGUCUACACGAGAGUGGCCUCAUAUGUUCCAUGGAUCAAGAAGCACAUCUCGGCGGCUUAGAAUGUGACACAUCACCUGCCGAACAUAUUAUUCCGAUGACACAUGUAAAAAGUUCAUUUAAAUCCUAAAAACACAUUCCCACCGCAAGACCCGCAAUAAAUUUCAUGUUUUUAUGUCCUUAUUAAGGCUAA